AUUCAUACACAACGGCUACAUUCGAUGAAAUGGGAGAUAUUCCUUUCUCCUGUCCUGCACAUUACAAUUAUACUUCACCUUUAAUCAGAACAGCAUGCCAAGUUCGUUCAGCAAAUUUGGUUUUUAUGUGCGUAACUGGAAUAAUGCUUGCAGCACCAUUAAUACCUGAUAGGUAG